GGUUGCGACCCGCCAUUAAACGCAGAAAAGAAAGAAAGAAAAAUAAUUUAGUAACCAUCCAGUGUAGUGCAGAUUAAAUUAAAUGUAUUGCACGUGUAGUCCCCAAAACCUUUAGGAGGUGGGCGGCUGUAUUUUAUUUGAACUAUGAGCGAGACACCUGCCAGCUCAAUGGACCUAACGUUAACUAUUAACACUGUACUAUAUCCCUUUUAGCUAGCUCCGAGUAAAGCUAACGUUAGCUAGCAACCAUCCUGUGUGUGGGGCUAACGGUCACACUCACAUUUUCAACAAGCCGAGACAACAUUAACCAACUAACGACUGUUUUAAUAUAUAUUUAAAGCCUAAAGCUCUGUCUGUCCUCCAUGGCGUCAUCAGAGGUCAGCAUGCAGGAAAUGGGCGACAUUGUGAUCGUCACCAUCCCAGAAACAGCGGCAGAGGACCUCCCCUCUGUGGUGGAGGAGGAUAAAGCCGUGCUGGUGACGGCAGAGCUGACUCCUCAACCUGGGGAGGAAAUCCUCACAGUAGCACCGGUGGAAGAAGCAGAAGCUGAGGCCAGCGGAGCAGACUCGCUGUCGAGGGAAGAGGCCGUCAUUGUGAAGUUAUCUGAGGAGGUGGAUGUGGAAGCUGAUGUUUUCUACCCGAUCACCUGUGGAGACACCCGAGCCACGCUGGUCUGGAAGAAGUUUGUCUGCCCUGGGAUCAAUGUCAAAUGUGUCCAGUAUAAUGAGCAGCUCAUCAGCCCCAAGGAGUUUGUGUGUUUAGCAGGGAAAUCCACUCUGAAGGACUGGAAGAGAGCCAUCCGCCUCAACGGCACCAUGCUCAGGAAGAUCAUGGACUCGGGGGAGCUGGACUUCUACCAACAUACAAAGGUCUGCUCCAACACGUGCCGCAGCACUAAGAUAGACCUGGUGGGAACCAAAGUGUCCAUCAGCAGCGAUCAGUCUGCCGAGCUGGUUCCUGCCACCCCCUCGUCAUCUGAUUUGAACGGAGCAGCGGCCUCGUUUCCAGAGGUGGAGGAAACGUCCGAGUGGGUCACAGCCAUCGGAGAGGACUCUGUGGCGUUCUGGCGUGCGGUGAAGGAGGCUGGGCUGCUGGAUGAGGUGGUGGAGGACUUCCAGAAGGAGCUGCAGGAGGUGCUGAAGGGGUUGCAGGAGAGAGUGUGUGACCCACCCCUUCAGGUCAAAGAUGCUGUUUUGCUCAACAACAUAGUGCAGAACUUUGGGAUGUUGGACCUAGUGAAGAAGGUCCUGGCCAGCCAUAAGAGCCAGAUGGACCGUUACAGAGAGCAGUACACUCGCAGCCUCGCCGCUCUGGAGCAGCAGUGUGACGAGCACAGGAAGCGAGCCAAAGAGCUGAAGAGCAAAUCCCAGCACCUCAACAACGUCCUGAUGACCCUCACCCCGGUCCCUGCGCCCCCUACGCCUAAGCGCCCGCGGCUGACCCGCGCCAUCUCCGGCCCGGCCUCGGUCAACGCCGCCCCCGCCCAGAUCACUCUGCCUCUCAACCAGCUGUCCGGCCUGCCGCUGGGCAAGGUGCUGACGGUGGCUGGAGCCCCGCCCGGCACCAACCUGGGCGGGUACACCUUCCUGACCUCCUCGCUCUCUGGGUCCGAGCUGGCAUCCGACGGCUCCAACCUGACCGUGCUGUCCGCGGCGGCAGGUCAGGAGGGCGCAGUCGGCGGCUCCCCGGCCUCCGCCGCAGCCUUCGUUAAAGUAGUCGGCCCUCAGUUCCAGCUGGUGACGCUGCCGGCCGGGCUGCAGAGCUUGGCCAUGGCACAAUGCGGCGUCCAACAGCAGGUCGGCAGCGUCAGCGUGAUGGAUGCCACGGCGACCGCUGCAGACGAUUCUCAAGAGGAAGGCCAAGCGGUUGCUGACGGCGAUGAUGACAGUCAGACAGAGCAGGCUAAAGAGGGAGACGGGGAGCAGCCGGAGCAGCAGCAGUGAGGCAAACGACAGCUGUUCUCUCCCCCUGUCUCCCAGCUUCAUUAUUUUGGACUUUUGAUGAUGAUGUUGUCCAUAUUUUGACUUUUAGGGCGUUUUCACACCUGUAGUUGGUUUUGCUCUGGUUCGAAUCGGUUGAUGAGUUUGUAAACUUUGAGCGUUUUCCGUCGUCGGUUCAGUUUGGUUUCACACGGAGAAAAAUCCAAGCAGGUGAAAAUGUAUCGCUAGAAACCACGGGAGAGCGUUCCCUCCGCUUAUUGGUCAGAUGUGUCUGGGAGGUGGGAGCAAGAAAGUAAAUACAGGGAGAAGGUCCUGUGUUCUGGACUAGGGCUGCACGAUAUGAGG